UGUCAAAGUCACGCCCACACUGACUCGACGCACAUGAUUAGGGGUGUUAACCUGCAGUGGCGUAGUGCUAAUCUAGCUACUGGAUGCUAACAAGUCUCUCUCUUUAUAUUGAGGAAAAAUACGAUAUCACAGUGGAAGACAGUUAGUCAGCCAAGUAUCGGACAAUAUACAUCGCAUCUUCACUGGAUUACUGCGCGUGAGGAGAUUCAUCCUUGCAAUUGUGUGUAACGUUAGCUAGCCUGCUUGCUAGUUAGUUAACAUCCAGCUAGCCUGUCAGACGGGCUGUUUGAAAGUGUGGUGAAACCAGAUGAACAAGUUUGAACCCUUUCUGACCACCAAAUGAAAUCCUAAAUAUCUCCAGUCCCAGCCUUCAGACAGGCACAAUGGAGGAGUCAGAUGUGGAGCAGGUGACCCUGGCCCUGCUGGAUUCAGCCAAUGACAAGGACCCAGUGGUCAGAGAGCAGGUCAGGAAGUCCAUACUGACCCUGGGGAAGCAGCAGCCUAACAAGGUCCUGUCCAUGUGCCAGGACUACCUGGUUAAGCACCCCAAGCUUAUCGUUGGACACAGAGUUGUCAUACUGCAGACGAUUGAGCUGAUUGUGAAGACCAAGAUAGACGAUAUCAGUUACCUGAAAAUCAAAAGCAUCAUUUCUUUGGCCUCCGAUGAAAUGACCCGAUCAAAGGAUGUUGUACCUGAUUGGCAACAGGCAGCCAGCAAUAUUCUGGUUGCUGUGGGAAACAAGUACAUCAAUGACAUCAUGGAGGAAAUCCUCAGCAAGUUCCAGCCAGGGAUCCUGCCUCAUUUUUUUGUGGUCCAAACAUUAGCAAGCCUCUCUGAAUCCAACGUUUAUGGUAUGGUGCCGUUUCUCAAUGCCAUCUUGGGCACCAUGCUCCCAAUGCUGGGCAUGGCCAAGCAGGACAACAUGAAGUGGGUGUUCUCCUCUGCUCUGUCCCACUUCAGUGAGAGUAUCCUGGAGUACCUAGCCAACCUGGACAAAGCUCCCGACCCAACGGUGAGAAAGGACACGUUCUCCAGCGAGAUCUACGCAGCCUACGACAUCCUCUACUGCAGCUGGCUCCAGAGCAGGGAAUCCAAGCUACGACUGACGGUGGCAGAAGCAGUGGGACCCAUGAGUCACCUGAUGGCCCAUGAUAAACUGGAGGAGCAGCUUCCUAAACUCAUUCCCACAAUCCUCUCCCUGUACAAGAAGAACACGGAGCAUUACGUCAUCAGUAAGAGCCUGUGUCAAGUUCUGGAUGCUUCUGUGAACAUGGGCAGCAGAGUUCUGGAGACGCAGAUCGACAGCCUGCUCACUACUCUAAACCAGCAGGUUUGUGCACCUGUUGACUACAGCAACCCACUGACGGUGAAAAAUCACAACGAGGUAUUGAGAUGCUUCAGCAUUCUAGCCAACACCUUCCCAGACCGGCUGGUCAUGUUUGUGCUUCAGAAACUGGAGAACAGUAAUGAGAGAAUCCGCAUGGGCUCCCUGGCUGUGCUCCGACACCUCAUCAACUCCUCCACAUCCAUUAUGGAGUCGAAGAAGCUUCUCAUCCUGGCCAGCAUCAGACAACCACUGGCUGACCACAGCAAUAAGGUGAAGAAGAGGGUUGUCCAGGUGAUCAGUGCCAUGGCUCACCAUGGUUACCUGGAGCUGGAGGGAGGAGAUCUGCUGGUCAAGUUUAUCAUCCAACACUGUGCUCUCCCCGACACCUACUAUCGUCCAGGCCAGCGCCCCAGUGACCCAGAGGAAGUAACCAAUGAGGCGCUGCGGAGCAUGUGUGACAACACACUUCACCUCUUCACUACGACCGUGGGACGCCUGACUGACGUCCUGUGGCCCAUGCUGCUGUACUACCUGACCCCAGGUCAGUACUCCAACGCCACCGCACCGCUCUGUAAGAGCCUCACGCUGCUGGGAACCAAGAAGAGAGCCUCCCAGGAGCCCAACUUCAACAUCGACUUCAACGAGCAUGUUAAUCUUCCCUCUCCACAUAUACUGAUGGUGCGGCUCUUGGUGAAUGGUUCGUUCCCGUUCCGGAGUCGUGGCCAUGGUGCACCGUCUCUGUCUCUACUGAACGUUAUAAGUCCUAAUAUCCACCCCAACGCUGAGACACUCUGGGAGAAGGAGAUCCCUGCUCUCCUCAGCUACCUGGAAGAGUCUACCCCAGAAACACUAGACAACAAGAAAUGGGAAGAGAGUCUAUUACAGUUCCUAGCCAAGUCCCUGGUGGCCAUAGCUGAUGACAAGUGGAGCUGUCAGCUGGCUAUAGAGGCCACACGUUACCUGUCCACCUAUAACCAGUCCCUGGAAGAGAAGAGUUUCCUCUACAGGUGCAUUGGUGUGACUCUGCAGCAGUGUUCCAAUAAGGAAGUGGUCCAGAAGCAGCUACAGGAGAUGCUGAUCAGUGCACGACACAACGACGCCAUCGAGAGAGCGGGUGUCGCCAUGGGGAUCGGGCUGUGUGCAAGCAGUCAUCUCGAUGCCACUCUGGCCAAACUGGACGACUUCGGGAAAUCUGACGCCUUCAAGAAAGCCUCAGGAAUAUUCAGCCUGCUCAAAGACAAGAAUGACUUGGAUGUAGAGAAGAUGAAGAGCACGUUGAUCCUGUGUUACGGUUACGUAGCGCUCCACGCCCCAGAGGACCAGAUCCUGUCCCGCAUCGACUCAGACAUCCUCCGCAGCAUCAGUAAGCACUUCAACACCAAGGUUCUGGGAAUUAAAAUAGAGACCAAGAUCGCAAAGCUUACAUUUCUGUCUGACAUUUACAGUCUUCAAAUCAAGGACCUGACCAUGAAGCUGAGUCUGAUUCAGAGUGUGGGCCUCAUAGCCAGGGCCAUCAGCACCGUCGUACGUAAUCAGGGCUACAUGUUCGUCCGCAAGCAGGAACUCAUGGGAGUCAUGAUGGAUUUUAUCAAGGCAGAACCCACGGAUGCCAUGCGGACUCCGGUUCGCCACCUUGUGAUGACCACGUGUGCCAACCUCAUUAACCUGGAGCCGGCGCUGACGGAGAAUGAGAACUUUGAUAUGCUGCGGACGUGUCUGAACGGCGUGUACGGCCUUCCCCCGGUGAACACUCCGGACAAGGACAGGGGAAAAGACGAGGAGGUGCUGGAGCCCCAACAGAGAGAGGAGUUAUACAAAGACACCUUCAAUGCUCUUCAGGAGUUGUUGAGGAAUAUUCUUGCAAGAGACCUGAGUCCAGACGGACUCCAGAGUGUAUUCAAGCACAUUGAGGAGUGGUUGAGUUCUGGUCAGGGUCAUGAGAGGGAGAGGGCGAUGAACACCACCGCUCACAUCCUAGAGUUCUACUUCAACAACCUCCACGUCAAAAACAUGGUAACCUUCCACAACCUGGGUUCUCUCCUGGGCCGCCUGGCCCCCCGAUGCACCGACCCCAACCCCCUGGUCCGCAGGGCAGCCAUCGACUGCAUCUAUACCCUGCUCUACAUCCAGCUACGCUACGAAGGCUUCUCUCUGGACUAUAAAGACGACUCUGUGGAGAGACUGAUCACACUGAGGGAGAGCAUGGACAACCCAGACCACUCUGUCCUCUACAAGACCUGCUCCGAGCUGGCCAAGAUCAUCAGUAAGCGUCUGCCCCAGCAGCAGCUCAACACUCUGAUCUUCAUGUUGAUUGAGGGGCUGGUGGACUCCCAGUCUAACUGCUCCAGAGCCUCCAGUGUUCUACUCAACACCCUGCUGAAGAACAGAGGAGCUGGACUACAAGACCUGGUAUCAGAGAUGCUGGAGGUGCUUCACAUCCGUCUGCAGAUGAUCAGUGAGGAGCAGGUGAAGGUGUCUGUGGCCCAGUCCAUCCUCAUCCUGGCUACACAGCACCUCCAGACUGUCAUCAACACACUCAUCUCCUACCCCCUGCCCUUCGACAGUUGGAGCUGUGAGAUGUGGAUUGCCCUGGGGGCAGACAGUAAACUGGCCUCUCAGAUCAUGGAGAUGCUGAUGGAGAAGCUCAACAUCAUGGUGCCCUACGUGGACAAGAAGGAGUCCAUGAUGAGAGGAGGCCUCACCAAGGUGGCCACCAGUCACCCUCUAGCUAUGACCUGUGCCCUGAAGGAGAUGAUGCUGAAUGGGCAGAGCCAGGAGGCGGUGGUGUCCCUGUUCCCCCAGCUCUUCAGCUCCCUGCUGGUCCGCCUGGGCUCCAGCGUGGGGGUCACACUACCCAAAGACAUCAACAGCUCCGGAACAAACAGGAAGAGCCCCACCAAACUGUCCGCCGGCUUCGACGUGUGCGGGGUAGCGGUGGAGGCGCUGCGGAUCCUCCUGGCCCGGGCCCAGCUGGACCAUGUAGUUAAACCCCUGGACCAGGAGGGGGCCUGGGACAAGAUGAAGGACCCCCAGCAGCACAUCACCGGGGUCACCCUCCUCGCCAGGGCCAUGGCCAAACACGCAGGCCCUCGUCUCCCGGCCAUAGUGGAGUGUCUGUGCCCCUGUCUCAACAACAUCUACGAGUGUCAGAGGGUCACUAUCACAGCCUUCUUCUCUGAGUUGCUGAACCACCACGUGGUGACAGAGCUGAUGAUGAUGGAUGUCCUGAUGAACAACAUGAUGGAGCGUAUCUCUGACCCCAGCUGUACUGUCCGCAUGCUGGCCGUCAGGGGGCUGGGGAACAUCGCUGUGGGAUCACCUGAGAAGGUAAAUAAGUAUGCCAAGGAGCUGCUGGCUGCUAUGAGCUCUGGGAUGGAGGAGAAGGACGACCCUGGGAAACGCAUCACUCUGGAGGCCAUGUCGGGCCUGUCCAAGGUGCUCCUCUACCUGGACAAGAAGAACGUCCAGCUGCUGGUCGUCUACAUCUUCAUGAAGAUUAAACCCUUCCUGGAGAGUGAGAAUGAUGAGAUCCGCUGUGCCUCCAUCAUGCUCCUGGGGAACCUGUCUAAGUUUGGUUCAGGAGAGCCUGUGUUCAAAGACCAAAUCCACAACGUACUGGUCAGCCUGCUGCUGCACCUCAGUGACCCCAACCUGCAGGUGGUCAAGGCGUGUAAGUAUGCCAUGCGAGUGUGUGCUCCAGUGGUGGGCUCAGAGCUCAUCACCACUAUGUUCCAGAACCAUCUCCACGAGGACAAGAGUCUGCACUACGGAGAGUUCAUCAACGACCUCACCAAAUAUAUUAUUCAAGACUUCCCUGGCAUGCUCAACUUCUACCACAUCACUGUCAUCCAGUUCUUCAAAAGCAACUGGGCCGAGGUUCGGGCCGGCGCUGCUAUGUUUAUCGGUUUCCUUCUGGGUAAUCUUCCUGAGGAAUUAUUUUCUCACAUCAACAUGGGGAGUGUGACCAAAGGUCUGGUCAUGCUGCUCCAGGACCCAGACCCAGUGGUGAGAGUCAAGGCAGCUGAAGCUAUGGGCCACUUCCAUUGAACAGACACACAUCCUGCCUGCCAAUCAUUACUUCAUUAGCUGUUUUAGAGUUGUUCAUGUUACUGUUUUCUACAAAGAUGAUCUGGUACUUCACAUGUUGACAGUGCAACUUGAAUUAGUCCAUGAACGUAUGUAUUAGUGACCAAAGACUGUACCUCCAUGUAUAGAAAAACAUGCAUAGCACUUUGGAGCAGUAUUAUGAAAUCUGACACUUUUUGAAUUUGUCUUCUAGAAUGUUGAGUGUGUUAGGGUUAGGUCAAUUGGCCAAUGGGCUUGACCUCCGCUGAGCUUAGUGUUUAGCUGAAUUCCAAAUGGAGCCCUAUCCCCUCUUCCCUAGGCACUCCUGUAGACCUGAAGGGAAUAGAACGGAGUAGGCAAUAUGGUAGUUACUUCCUUGGCCUCCUGAUGGGAUUUGCCUGCUGGAUGGAAUCUCCACCAUAUUGGUUAUAGCGGUCUGUCCCUUUCAGGUCAGGAAAAGGGGCUUGUGGGGAGGGGCUAGGGGUUGAUCUCCAGCCUCCACUCCAUUCACACUAGUGUAGUGGACCAACCCCUGAAACACACGUAGGGCUGGCACUAUUACCCUGUAACCCACGGUUAUGGAUGAAGACCGUAAAGAAUAACCUCCAUUACCGUAAAAAAUGAAUGUGUGCAGUUAAGUCCCUUUCUUCUGCAACAUGGACUCUUAACAUGAUUUAUCUUUGUUGUUAUGUAGAAUGUUCAUUCAAAUGAUGUUAACUGGUGUGGCUCAUGCAAUGGAAUGUACUGCACUUUUUGUAAUGUCUAUUGAGUUGAAUCACCAAAUCACAGCACAUAUUUUACUUCCUGCUUUGGUCCUAUGGGUAGACUCGCAAUGGCUGCUAGUCCACCCAUUAAGCCAACGUUGAGUUGAACGGGGACUCCCGUUCUAUUCAUUCUGUUUCUAUGGCAGCACAUGCAGUCAGGAACGGAGGAGAAAUGUGCGUCUACAUUUAUUCAUUUGUAUUUCCUUUUCUAUUUGAACGGUUGUUACGGUGACCGCAGUCAUUUGGCUGACCAAAUUGCCGUCCUACAAAGCUCCAUGACCGUCCACAGCCCUCCACUCAGGGAUGAGCAGUUAUCAUCCACGUCCAAGGAGGCUGUCUGUCAGCGAGGACAGCCCAAAACCAUCCCAUGUACCUGUUCUUACACUUACUUCUGAGGCAGAAGGGAUUUCAGAGGCUCCAUUUAUUCUCGUGCUAGCAUUGUUUAACAACAGAACUGCAUCCUGAAACACUAUUGUAGCUAGUUCAGAAAAGGUCUUGUAGGAACAGGAGUUUUCUCCUGACCACGAGACCUCACCAGGGGUGAAAACAGGCCCUAGUUAUACAUUGAGGGCCCAGAGUUUCUACUUGUCAGGUUAGGGAAAACGCCUGGGUCACUUUCAUUAGGACCACGCAACGGAAAAUGAAUAUGGGAAGUUAGUCCAGAUAGUCCCUCCCUGUUUUCAGUCAGUUUUCUUCCGUUUGGUGCCUAAUGAAUGUGACCCCUAGUCUUUAUCUGUUCUUCUUUACCCCAGGUACAACAUGUACGCAACCAGGCACUCCCGUGGAGUUGCCACCGUGCCAAAUAAUCAGACCUGGAUUUAAAUACUAUUUGAUUUAUUUCAAAAGUAGUGUGGUUUACUUUAACCUGCCAGAGGGGCAGGGUUUGCAGUUUAGCCAGCGCUUUUCUAUUGGAUCCAUUGUGCCAGCAGGCAAUCAGAAUUAAGAACACCUAAUGUACUUGAAAUGAUUUCAAAUAGUAUUUGAACCCAUAUCUACAAAUAAUAGUUUUACUGGGUAGCUGCAUUAAGAUGGACGCAAUAACCUUCUCUUUCUUUUCACAUCGGUCCUAGUCUUCACACUCUCUCUCUUAAAAGAUGCACUUCACUUUUCUUUUCACAUCGGUCCUAGUCUUCUCUCACUCUUUCUCUUAAAAGAUGCACUUCACCUUUCUUUUCACAUUGGUCCUAGUCUUCUCUCAAUCUUUCUCUUAAAAGAUGCACUUCACCUUUCUUUUCACAUUGGUCCUAGUCUUCUCUCACUCUUUCUCUUAAAAUAUGCACUUCACCUUUCUUUUCACAUUGGUCCUAGUCUUCUCUCAAUCUUUCUCUUAAAAGAUGCACUUCACCUUUCUUUUCACAUUGGUCCUAGUCUUCUCUCAAUCUUUCUCUUAAAAGAUGCACUUCACCUUUCUUUUCACAUUGCUCCUAGUCUUCUCUCAAUCUUUCUCUUAAAAGAUGCACUUCACUUUUCCACUCCUGUCCGUUUCAUGUGAUUAGAUUAGGGUACUGAUUAUAACAGGUUAUGAGGUCUUAAGAGAUGACAUUCCUGUCGAGGUUUUACGUUGCACUACUUAAUCAGUCUGUCAUUGUACACAGUGAAUGACACAUCCACAUGUAUUUGUUGUGUUACUGAUGGAUAGAGAUGUUUUACUGUGGUAAAGUGCAGUAUAGGCACUAUUUAAUGUAUUGCCUACAUUGGGUAAAAGUCCUGGUCCUAAAGUACAGCUGGAUUGGACCUGUGUGUCUGUCGGUGUCUGGGGUGUUGAAGGGUUACUGGGGAUGAUGGCUGUUCUCUUGGACCAUUCUUUGUUAAUGUAAUAUUUUAAUGUGACAUCUUUCAAUAAUGGACAUGGGAAAAGUAUCAUGUAUGCACACUGUGUCCAUUUGAAACGGAAACAGGCCUAUGACGUUGAAGGAAAUCAUAUUUUAUUUACAAAAUAAAGUGACGAUCCCUAUAAAAAUAA